CACGAGCUGUGGUGUUUUUAAGAAAUAUCACGGUUUUAUUUUUGUCUGACCAGCCGCUUUUUAAGACCAGAGUUUCACCGGAACAGAAAGUUACCCACCAGACGAGAAGGCGGCGAGCAUGCAGCCGCCCUCAGGGACCCGCGAGCAUGAGCACUGUGUGCAGACACGGCUGUGCGCCCAGCUGGAGUUUGUCCAGAUCCUGGUUAUCGUGGUGGUGAUGAUGGUGAUGGUGGUGGUGAUCACCUGUCUGCUGAACCACUAUCGCCUGUCGGCACGCUCGCUCCUCUCCAGACACGCCGCCACGCGCAGGAGACAUCUACCACUGGCCAGCGAGGGAGGUCUGUGGUCUUCUGAUGGUCCUGGGACAAACAGUGGCCUGAAUGAGCACCAGGUAUAUAGCUCCCGACUCCCAGAGCGAGCAGCACCACCAUCUUACCUUCAGCGGGAACCUCAGCAACACCAGUCCCAACCUCAGUGUUCCCAAUCCCAGCGUUUUCAGUCCACAUACACCUCAAGUCGUUUCCAGCCAACAUACCCCUACCUGCCCCAGAGCCUCAUUGAUCUCCCGCCCACCAUCUCCCUCUCAGAUGGGGAGGAGCCACCCCCAUACCAGGGCCCCUGCACCCUGCAGCUGAGAGACCCCGAGCAACAGAUGGAGCUGAACCGAGAGUCGGUCAGAGCUCCGCCCAAUCGAACAGUGUUUGACUCCCACCCCCUCGAUGCCUCAAAUUUCUGUCUGCAAACCAGUUUUCAGGCUCCACCUCCAAGUAUCCACCCAGGAAUCAGUGUUCUCGAGGCCCAGGAGGCCUUUGCCAGGCAGCAGAAGCAGAAAUCUCGAGUAGAAGGAGGACCACCGACCUACAGCGAGGUGAUCGGACACUACUACCACCCGACUUCCCCACACCCUAACCACGACAGUGGGACUGUAUCAUUGCCGCAGUCACCCCCGUGCUCGCUGAUACACGGCCUGAUCCGGCCUCCUCCUCCUCAGCAGUCAGGAAGCAUGGCCAAGAGGAAUGCGAAGAACACAAAGGAGAAAUCCCAGAAACCCCAGCAACUCUGA